AUGGAGGAGCGGGAGCGGGGGGCGAGGUCGGCUCGCGCUGGGAGCCCCGUGCGCCCGCCCAGUCCGCGGCUGGAUGUCAGCUCUGACAGCUUCGACCCGCUGCUGGCUCUGUACGCUCCCCGCCUGCCUCCCAUACCCUACCCCAACGCCCCCUGCUUCAACAACGUGGCCGAAUACGAGAGCUUCCUCAGGACCGGGGUCCGGGGCGGCGGGCGCGGGCGCGGGCGGGCUCGGGGCGCGGCCGCGGGCUCGGGGGUUCCCGCCGCUCCCGGGCCCUCGGGCAGGACUCGCCGCCGUCCGGACGCGCCCGCUCCGGACCCCGAGCGCAUCCAGCGCCUCCGCCGUCUCAUGGUGACCAAAGAGGAAGGGGACGGGGCCGCCGGAGCGGGCCGGAGGGGUCCGGGUAGGAGCAGGAAGGCGCCGCGCAACGUGCUCACGCGAAUGCCCUUGCAUGAAGGCAGCCCUCUGGGUGAACUCCAUCGCUGUAUCCGGGAGGGGGUGAAGGUGAAUGUUCACAUCCGCACUUUCAAGGGACUUCGGGGCGUCUGUACAGGCUUCCUUGUUGCAUUUGACAAGUUCUGGAAUAUGGCACUUACUGAUGUCGACGAGACCUACCGAAAACCUGUCCUAGGCAAAGCGUAUGAACGCGAUUCUUCACUGACUCUCACUAGGCUAUUUGAUCGGCUGAAACUUCAAGAUUCCUCCAAGAAGGAAGCAGAUUCUAAGUCUGCAGUUGAAGAUUCCACUCUGUCCAAAUACUCACAGACAUCCACUUGGAAGUUGGCUUCAGUGUGGGGAAGAGGAGACACUGACCGGGGCUCACACAAGCGUUCCCGCUCUGUCCCUUCUUCCCUGCAGGCCUCUGCAAGGGAGGAGUCCAGGUCAGAGCUGUCAGGGAGGACUACACGGACAGAAGGCUCCAGUGUGGGAGGUACCUUUUCCAGGGCUACCACCCUUUCCAGAAGCCAGUCCCGUAAGAAAAAGCGAAAGCCCAAAGUGGAUUACCAGCAGGUAUUCACUCGACACAUAAAUCAGAUUUUCAUUCGAGGCGAGAAUGUCCUGCUGGUUCAUCUUGCACAGUGAAUAGCUCAGCCUGAGCUUUGGUUUUUAGAAAUAAAGUGCAUGAAUUGCUGCUGUAUCCUAGUAUCCCAGUGAAACUCUGAGUUGGAAUGAUUCCCUCUGGUCCUGCCUAUGCAGAGGACAGAGCAGGCUCAGCCCUCUGGAAGGUGAGCUUAAGGGGAGAACAGGCCUUGGGAGGGCAGGUGUAUGCAUUAAUAUCAAGGCAAAAAGCAUACAUAGAUACAUGCAUUCGAUUUGGUGUCCUGAUUUACUUCAGACCCUGAAACCAAAUAGCUGAUCUUCCAUUAGGGGUGGCAAUAUGAGUACAAUUUACUUUUCAGAGACUAUAGGGGAAAAAAUAGUCUCAAAAAGAAGUAUUGCAUGUCCAAAAGCUAGUGCCCUGAGUACUCAUGAAUUCGAUUCUAAGAGAAGCGGUGUAAAUCGGCUUGAAGCUCUGCAUCCACAUCUUCUAACCUUUGAAUUUUGCCCAACAUGUUUCUCUCUUGAUGAAUAAAUGAAAUGUAUUAUCUUUGAAUAUCUACAAGAUUAGGAAAGUUACCAGCUUAUGUAGGGGUGAAAUUUGGAUAGGUGUUAUGCUCAAAGAAGCCAAAUGAGUGCUCUCUUCUGAUCCUUCUUAUGAUGGAAAGGAGUAUAGGACUUCCUCAGUCUUCCCCUUACCAGAGGUAGCCUCUGCAAAUGGCAUACCAGAUGGGACUCUAAGAUUCCUGUGUGGUGGCUUGUCCUUCUCUCUGACUUCUGUGGCAUGGUGCUAGCGCAUGUACCCUGUGGUGUUGGCUCUCUGUCCGUAGUGUGAACUGUCCUGUGAGCUUUAUGUCAGGAGACUGUAACCUUCAUGUCCAUCUUCAAAGAGUUCAUGAACUCAGUAAUACACAUCGCACGGCCGAGAGUCCCCUUUCCAGGCAGGGCCAGCCUUGUGUACAAUAUCUUUCAGAAUAUGGUUUUACCACGAAACAGGGGUGGUAGAUUUAUUCCCUGUGUCAGGCCAAAGAAGUUCUUACAAAGUACAGUGGGUAGUGUCUAAAGGGACACUUUACUCACAGCCUGGCUUGAGUAACAGGAACACCACAGCACCUACAAAUACUUCUACUUGAAUCAUAUUCUAUGCUUUUCAAUCAUUAGUGCAGAAUAGCUGCAUCUUGACACAGACUGUUAGGCAAUAUUGAUUUUUUUGUUUUGUUUUUAUUUGGUUUUAUCUGAGAUAACUUUUGUUCAAGGUGAGAAUAAGAAAUAGCCAACUAGUUACAAUGUAUGAAAAGAAAACGUUCCCCUGCUGUAUUUGUUGUGUAACAUAAAUAAGCCUUCUGAGAAGCAGGGUGAAUAAAGUUUAGGGAGCUGGGACACCUGGUCCUUCUGCUGGCUGGACCACUGGCUCAUCGUGCAAUGAAAGGUGAGCAGACUUAACCCCUCCGUGCCUCAGCUUUUUCCCCACAGACACCUACCUCACAGGGGCAUUGAGACAAAAAAAUAAAGGAAGGCAUUUUACAGUCUCUGAACAUGUUUAAGUGCCAUGAGUAAUUUUUCCUGACUCUAUUUCAUAGCUUUGUAAGAAUUCUGUGUCUUAUGAGCCAGGCAGGUGCAACAUAAAAAAGUAAUCUUAGGUGUCAUAGUUAUGGCCCUGUUGUAACUAUCUUCAGAAGCAGCAAUACCUUCUGGAACUGUUCCAUAUUCCGUACCUUCUUCCUAAGGGACAGUGGAAGUUCUCAGAAGAGUAUCUUCAGUAAGAGGACAGUAACCUUUUUUUUGCUGCUCCUGCUAUAUCCAAGGUCUCACCCUUUUCUGAUCAUUGUCAGAAAGAAUCCCCUAAACUUUUCAAGGGGUUUUUAUGAUAGCACCAAAUGGAGAAUGAGCAUCUAAAAAUGACAUAUCCCCAAAGGGAAAUCUGUGGAUGUUUGUUUACUUGUUUUUAUUUUUAAAUGCAUUGUAAAGUAUACUCUAGAGCCAGAUCAGAUGCACUAAAGUUUAAUCUUUGGAAUCUGCCAGUCUAAAUUCUAAGUCGUGUAUCUGAAAUCUCAGUUCCCAAAAUAGUUGUCUUGUUUAAUCAUCAGGCAACAUUGCGUAUACCCCUGUGGCUAUCCUCAUCUGCCUGCCCUCUCAUUCCUCAGCUAGAAUGAUGUACUUUUAUUUUCCCAGUAAGAUAGAAAUUUGGAAUCAAAAGGAAUAUAAUCAGUUUUCAUUCAUUCCAGUGCCUAGUUAAAUCUAACCUGAUUUAUUUUAAACAUAUGCCUGUUUUUAUGUUUACAUAUAAUUUUCAUAUAGCCGUAUAAGGAUUGAUUUACUAUUUUCUGCCCAACAUGACAAUUCUGGCUAUGAAAAUUAUGUUUUAAACUGUGUAUGAUUUGUUUUAUGUGCUGUGUGUUCCCAUUUAUUUGUUGGAUCUGAACAGUGGUUCUGGAAUGAAUUCUGUCUAAUAAAUGUGCUAUUUUGUAUAAAGCAUGAUAAUUAUUUUUUAACAGAAUUUUUCUUUUAAAGAUUGUACCCUUUUUCUUUUCUUUUCUUUUUUUCUUUUUUUUUUUUUGAGAUGGAGUUUUCAUUCUUGUUGCCUAGGCUGGAGUGCAAUGGUGCAAUCUAGGCUCACUGCAACCUCUGCCUCCCGGGUUCACGUGAUUCUCCUGCUUCAGCCUCCAAGUAGCUGGGAUUACAGGCAUGCGUCACUAUGCCUGGCUAAUUUUGUAUUUUUAGUAGAGGUGGGGGUCUCUCCAUGUUGGUCAGGCUGGUCUUGAACUGCCGACCUCAGGUGAUCCAUCUGCCUUGACCUCCCAAAGUGCUGGGAUUAUAGGUGUAAGCCACUGCGCCUGGCCCUUUUUCUUUUUUUUCUUUUUGAGAUAGAUUUUCACUCUUGUUGCCCAGACUGGAGUGCAGUUUGAUCUUGGCUCACUGCAACCUCUGCCUCCCAGGUUCAAGUGAUUCUUCUGCCUCAGCCUCCUCAGUAGCUGGGAUUACAGGUGCCUGCCACCAUGCCUGGCUAAUUUUUUGUGUUCUUAGUAGAGACUGGGUUUCACCAUGUUGACCAGGCUGGUCUCAAAGUCCUGACCUCAGGUGAUCCACCUGCCUUGGCUUCCCAAAGUGCUGGGAUUACAGAUGUGAGCCAUCGCACCUGGCUCCCUUUUCUUUAUCAUUGAAGAUAUUGUUUAAAAGAAAGAAAAAAAUAGGUCCUAACAAUAUAUGUGCUACCCAAAAAAUGUGAACAUUUAGGACAUUAUCAUAAGUUGCUAUGGAAAUAACUGAAGUCUUCCUCAGGAGAAGGAAAGAAAAUUAGGAAAGUAAUGGCGGAGUCCAGAAACUCCCACCAGCUCACCUGAGGGGCACUGUGCAGCUAAAAUGCAACAAAACUGGUUUGUAGUAUUCUCCAGGGAUUCAGGCUUGGGAAACUUGGUAAGAAGUGUAUUUAUUUUUAAACAUUCAACUUUGGUUCUUCAAAGUAAUCUUUAAACACGGGAAUAUGUUUUCAAGAUAGUUCACAGGACAUACUUAAUGUACUUGGUGAGGUCUUUUCAGGAGUAUUCACCUCUGUUAAAUGGUAACAAGUGAUUGAGAAAGGGGAGAUACAGUUUUAUGUUCAGAACAGUUUCGUGUGCCAUUUUUGUACACAGAGGUGAUUCUUUUACUCUACCAUUAGUAGAACUUGCACGUUAGGCUGUCUGUCCUAGCAUUUGGGAAGUGUUUACGCUUCCUUCCAGGGACCGUCUUAUGACCAGAUGCAGGCUGUCUGUGAGAUGGUUAGCCAGAGUGAUCAGCGUCUGGGAAGAGUGGCUUUUGACCAGUCAGUACCUUGCUCUUUGUGCAUGAUGUAUGUCAAGUCAGGAAGCCAAGAAGCUGUUGCAUUAAAAUCUAGAUGCAUAGAGAUCCUUGCUAUGAGUUGUGGAUAAGGAGUGGCUUCAUCUAUCCUCUCGGUGAAAAAGUCCAGGAGCUCCUUUAGAGAUUGUCAAGUCAUAAGCUAUGAGCUGCCCUUAAUCCUCAGAAGCCUUACAAAAAUUGAAAUGUACCACUUCCUUCUACCCUUCGAGAAAAAAGAAAUAGAAACUCACUUGAUGCAGAAUGGAUAUUUAUAUUUCUGCUUGCACCAUUUCCAUAGCAGCUGAUUAAGGCAAAAUCAUGAAAUAGAAUCAGUUCUAUAAAUUGCUUCUUUAAAUUUUCUCUAAAUUGGCCAGGCACAGUGGCUCAUGCCUGUAAUCCCAGCACGUUGGGAGGCCAUGGUGGGCGGAUCACGAGGUCAGGUAAUCGAGACCAUCCUGGGUACCACGGUGAAACCCUAUCUCUACUAAAAAUACAAAAAAUUAGCCAGGUAUGGCGACAUGUGCCUAUAGUCCCAGCUACUCAGGAGGCUGAGGCAGGAGAAUCACUUGAACUCGGGAGGCGGAGGUUGCAGUGACCUGAGAUUGUACCACUGCACUCCAGCCUGGGCGACAGAGCGAGAUUCCAUCUAAAAAAAUAAAUAAAAAUAAAAAUUUCUCUGAAUUUUGACUUUAGGAAAAAAAUAAAACUAUUCAAUGACAGCUAGCUGUCACUGGUGCUACCCCAAUGCUUUCCAAUCUUUUAUGUAUUUUUUAUGAAUGAAACUGUUGAGGUAGGAAAGUCAAGGUCCAUGUAAGAGUAUCAUGGUGUAAAUAUAAUGGUUUCACAGCUGUUUGAAUUUUUCCUUUCCUGUGCCAGAUAUAGAAUACAGUCAACCCUUUUUCUCAGUAACUUAUGUUCACCAGUCUGUGCUUUUCUCCUCCCAGAAGGCUUUUCUUAGUGGUUGUAAAUGCAAGAAUCCUGGGCCCUGUGUUGCAAAGCUGGGUGGUCUGUCAGCAAAUUGAGCUGAUGGAUUUAAGAUAAGCCUUUGGGGUUCCUGUCAGUUUUCUGGGCUCUGAGGAAGGGUUGGACCUCUUUUAUACUCUCAGUGUUUUGAGUAUUUUUCAAAUGUUUGUAAGUUAUCUUGCACUGCUCUAAUAAAAAUGAAAGCUCUCAAGAAUUGGCUUUGGAUGGUUUGAAGAUCUAGGGGAAGAAAAACAAGUACACCUGAGACCUUCAGUUGGGCUUUUAUUUAGUUAGAAUAAAAAGUAGUUUGAUAACCUACCAGAGUUAGUGCUUCUUUAAAAACACUCCCUGAAAAGAUGGGGAUUCUCCCUUAGGAAAGCCAUAAAAGUGACUUCCAAUACAUUGCUAUUGCUUUUGAUUUUUAGUCCUUUGGAACAAAUGUCUGAUGUCUGAUGUUGUGUUUUUAGAGCUGUGAAAAAAAGUGUGAAAAAUUUUAAGGGGUAUUACUUAAAUGAUGAUGAUCUGGCUGAAUUAUGUGUGGGCGAGAAUCUAGGGUAGCUGUCCACUUCUCUUCUGUUGUCCUGGCAGUAAAGGAAAUAGUAAGCCAUGUCUUGAAAGUGAUUUGCUUAUUUCAUACUGACAUCUAAAGACAUCAGCCUUCUCUAUGGCAACCCUGGGGAUACCCCUCUGCACCAUAACUUAUUAAUGUUUGUUUUAGACAAGGCUAAACCUGAAUGACUCUAUAUAUCUCUAGUUUCAUUGCUCAUAUACCAGCUGCUACAAGAAAAACCAUGACUUGUAAGUUUGUCUUUAAAUUACUCCUAAUUGUUAAAUUAACUGAAACCCUUCCUAUCUAGGGAGGAUUGCUGCUAGUAACGUCAGUUUGCAAUGUUCAGCUUUAGAUAUGUGUUGUAUGGGAGUCUGAAAACUGUAAUAAACUGUAUUCAUAUCCUG